AUCAUCAGUCUCUAUGUUAAAAGACAACCAAGCUGAAUUUUCUCACUAUUUUGGCCUUUCUUUUCUGUGCAUCUCUCUGUCUCUCUGGUCUCUGCAUUAGUCUCUGUGAUUGCAAGCCAAUAUAAUUACAAUACUAACACGGUUGUGUCUUGUGUAUUAUGUAUUGUGAUCCAUAUGAUAAAUGUGGGAUGUUAAGCACAUCGGUGACUGGUUGUCUUUGUUUUUCUUUUCUUCUCUGCACAGGAACUAUGGUGAGCAAGGAGGCUGGAAAGUGCAUGCUCACCAACUCUGAGUCGGACUCGGAGACAGCGCCCUCUCUUGCCCUGGAGGUGAAGUCUCCGGACGGGCAGGUGCAGGUGCGCAAGCGGAACAAGGCCUUGCAGGUGCGCUUCAAGGACAUCUGCGAGGCGCAGAACGAGCAGGCGGCGGCGGCGGCAGCGGCGGCGGCGAAAGGAGGCCACCCCGUGCCCUACAGGAAGUACAUGACCGUCCCCGCCAGGCGCUCGAUACCCAACGUCACGAAGAGCACGGGUGUCCAGACAUCCCCCAAUUUGCGCAAGCGCUACCAGACUUUCCCGUUUGAGCGCAAGAAGGGCCACCACACCAUCAAGCACGCCGCGGCGGUCGAGCCCUUGCGGGGAGGUGGCGGUGGUCAGGACAAUGGGUUCGUGAUCGACUCCAAACGUGCCAAGGCGGCGGGGGCGGGGCCGACGGACUACCCAGUGGCAACGUUGCCAGUCAGGCCGAGUUCGGCGCGCAGCAGCAGUCUGGGACGCACGGAGAAGACGCACGCCCAGCUGCACACCUGCGUGGCCACGGUGGAGCUCCACCCGCGCCGGGGGAACGACGACUGCGGCGUUGACGGGCCGCUCUCGUCCGACUCCAUCCUGCUCAGCUGCUCGGCCGACGAGGGCGACACGGUGGCCAGCAUCAGCGCGGACGCAGACGACUCUACGGACUACAGUGGAAGCAGAAGCAGCAGACCCCAACGGAGCCACCACCACCACCACCAGCACCACCAGCACGGACGCGACCACGACCAUGACGCGACCUCCAGGAGGCUCAAUGCAGAGGAGACGGGGGGCGGGGGUCAGUCGGACUCUGGGGUUACGGGGCCCAUUGCCUGGAACUCUCUGACCCAGGUGGAGGGCUUGGAGCACCUGGAGAGCCCGCCGGCGCACGGCGCCAAGCGCAAGAAGGGCAUGCAGCUGAACGGGCUGCAGUCUCAGACGCUUCCUCGCGCCGCCAGUUGCACCACGCAGGCGCAGUGCCACGCGGGCACCCUGUCGGCACGACCCCUGCGCGCCAUGGAGGAAGUAGCCGUCUCCACGGUGGCGACCACGACCACCGCCGCCACGACGACCUCCGGAGCGGCGGCCGAUGGGAGGGGUAGCGCUGGUGGUGGUGUCGGUGGUGCAGCUGGUGCGUCGGACGGGGAGGGGUGUAAACAGAUUGUGCCCGUGGCUCAGGACGGAGAUAUAAAAGCACAGCUGUCGGCCAUGGAGAACAUGAUCAGCUCCAGCCAGGAGACCAUCAAGGUGCUGCUGGGGGUCAUUCAGGAGCUGGAGAAGGGGGAGGCGCACAGAGAAGGCCUCUCCUAUCGAACAGGACAGGACACGGCCAACUGUGACACGUGUCGGAACAGCGCAUGCAUUAUUUACAGUGUGGAGCUGGACUUUAAGCAGCAGGAGGACAAGCUGCAGCCCCUGAUGAAGCGCCUGUGUCCCACGGACGACUCGCCCUUCCCCUGCCUGCCUUACAGCCACGAGGCGUUCACCUCCACACCCAAACGCAAGGCCAAAGCAGAGGCCAAGAAGCACGGCCGGUGGAAACUAUGGUUCCUCUGACUCUACUCCACCCCACUCCACUCCGAACAGAUCAGGACUUCACUCCACUACGAUCAGCACGGCCGAUGGAAACUAUGGUUCCUCUGACUCCACCCCACUCCACUCCACUCCGAACAGAUCAGGACUUCACUCCACUACGAUCAGCACGGCCGAUGGAAACUAUGGUUCCACUGACUUCACUCUACUCCACUCCGAUCCCCUCAGCACAGCCGGUGGAAACUAUGGUUCCUCUGACUCGACUGUACUCCACUCCACUCCACUCCACUCCGAACAGAUCAGGACUUCACUCCACUACGAUCAGCACGGCCGAUAGGAACUAUGGUUCCACUGACUUCACUCCUCCCCACUCCACUCAAAACGGGUGUGGGAAACUAUGGUUUCUCUGACUCCACUCCACUCCGCUCCGAUCCCCUCAGCACAGCCGGUGGAAACUAUGGUUCCACUGACUUCACUCUACUCCGCUCUGAUACCCUCAGCACUUCACCUCACAGCGUCCACUACUUCCUCCUUCCUCUGUGAGGAUGAGGCCCUUUCUCCUCCAGCAAAUCCUUCAAACACUUUAAACAAUACAAUUCAAUUCAAUUCAAUUCAGCGCUUCAUUUUUGAUGAUGAAUAAAUCAUAUUUGGAAAAAAAAAGAAAAAUAUAUAGCUAGCCGUGCUAUCAGCUAAUGAUCCGCAACGCUGCUGCUUAGCAACAUGCUUUGGGAUUCUACUCCUGGUCUUGGAAUUUAAGAGGCCAGUUGCUGGGUGGGUACGGUGUGGCACCGAGGGGUUUUUUUUUUUUAGCCCUCUCAUGGUUUCCAAAAUGGAUUCCAAUUAAUUCUGGAUGUAAUUUUCUGAAGUUGAGCGUGAAAUUACACUACAGCAACUUUACUUGCAGAUCAGCAAGGUGAAAAGAAAAUUGGAUUAACUUUUUUUUUUCCUUCUCCAGUGGCUGUGGACUUACAAUUUAUAUGUUUAAAGGCUACAGAUACCUCUUUCAAUUAGCAUUUGAUUCGAAGGAACAUUUCCUUACUCUCUUCUACAUACUAAGCUACAGGAGAUCACUGCUUUCUUUUUUUGGGGGGAAUAAUCUGCACUGAUAUCAACUCAGCAUACAGUCACGAUAAAGCACAAAUGAAACACUGGAUAUGGGAAUUGAUCCCCAAGACUGCAAGAAGAGGAGUUAUCAUUUAUCAAAAAAUAUAUAUGGACAAACGCAGGAGCUCUACAUAACGCGACAGGACGGAUGUGGAUUAUAUUUUGAUUACUCAAGUCGUCGUGGGCAACAACAUUUUGACUGAAAGGAAUUUCAAAGUCUGGACUAUGGGAAUAUUUCCAGACAUCCAUCGACUUUGGGGGGAAAAAAAAAGAAGAAAAAAAAUAAAUAAUAAUAAUACAAAUUCCACAACAAAAAAAAUAACUUAUUUUUGUAGAGUCAACUAUUAAAGCAUCUGCAAAACAUGAUUUUCUAUAUAAAAGAAAACAAACUAUAUCUCACUUAUCAGACUUAUUGGGCUGUGAGUCCGCUUUCGGAUUGAUGACAUAUUUGGUAACAGCAAAUGAUUUUGAUACAGUUCCUAAUUUCACAUCAUCCAACUUUCAUAAUCUCAUUGGCAAAAUGAAGCCAUUUAGGCAAUGGGAUGAGGACUUUAUAUGUACACGCAUUAUUUAAAUUUAAGGGUCUGCCCUUAUUAAAAUAUAUUUAAAACACACAGCAAAACAACCUCUGGCGCAUAUGCAUCACUACUCAUUACAUACUAUCCAUUAUAUUCAAACUAAAAAAAUCUGCACUGAGAAGAGACACACUCCUAAACUAAUCCAUCAGGAGCGUGUGUGUGUGACGGACUGCUAUCCACCAUUAUAACAAGCGUGAUCAGUCAUAAUUGUUUCCCAUUGUUCGACUCACACGCAGCAAAAUCACACACGCACACACAACAAAACACACCUAUACACAGACACAGACACCCUAAGACACACACAAACACACAGAUUACCAGGUGAAUAUAAAAACGACACACAAACACACAGAUUACCAGGUGAAUAUAAAAAGGACAGACAAACACACAGAUUACCAGGUGAAUAAAAACACAAGUGUGUCCCUCUCGUCUCCUCAUCCUGGUGCCGUGUGCAAGCUGCUGACUUGCAUGCUCUUUUACAAACACGUUUAAACUACUGAUUUAUUAUUUAGCUUUUACAGCAAUUACAGAAAAGUAGCAAUUUAUACAAUGUGACAAUUAUUAUUACAUUAUUACUAUUAUUAUUAUGAUUACUAUUAUUAUUGAUAAUAAUUAAGAAUAUAUUUUUCAAAGCUUAGCACCCCAUAUUAAUUUAUUGAAGCGAAGGCCCGAAGUCUACGGAAAGGAAUGUGCUUGUGUGUUGCGAGAGGAUUUCUAUGUUGUACAGCAUACAGAAAACAGGGCUAAUGACACUAUAGAGAGAGGGGUGAACUCGUAACUCCAACAUAUCAAACAAGGGGGUCAACUGAACAACACCUAGCAGAGAAUACUGGGUAACACUUUACUUGAAGCAGGUGUCAUACGCAUGACAUAAUGUCAUUCAAGU